AUGGCAGAUGAGAAGACUUGGCGUGAGUUUGAUGAAGACACCAGCAAGAUGCUGAAGAAGAAACUGAAAGGAUCAGCUAAGGAAAAGUUAGAAGUGAUUGGCGAUUUGAUUUAUGACUUUGGAGAAGAGAGGUUUGGAGUUGACAAACCGCGUGAAAGAGAUCCUAAGAAGGACCUGGAGGGCCACCUGCGGGGUGUAUACUCUGAUGAGCAUCGUGACGCACCAAUGCCCGACAUUGGAGGUUUAGUAAGACCACCACAGCCAGGUGUUGAGUUUGAUGUAUCAGAGCCCAGGUUCAAGGAGGUUGCUAGUUUUAUCGAAAAGGCGCGAGCAGCGUCGGCACCUGGUCCAAAUGGAGUCCCGUACAAAGUGUACAAGAAAUGUGAGAAGCUAAAGAGAGUCCUCUGGAGAUUGCUGAAGGUGUACACAACUGAGUGGCAGAGAUUGGAAGUUGGCAUUCCGAUGGGGUGUGCUAUAUCACCAAUCCUGUUUGUGCUAGCAAUGGAGGUGAUGACAAGGAGCGCAGAGCGAAUGGGACCUGGGGUGUCGCUCGAGGGUUCGGAAGAACUGCCAUCGAUCAGAGCAUUUAUGGACGAUCUGACACUCCUAAACCCAAAUACCACAGCGUCUCAGAGAAUCUUGGACAGACUGGAUGAACUGAUGGUUUGGGCUAGAAUGAAGUUCAAGACCAAGAAAUCCAGGAGUCUGGUCCUAAAACAAGGGACGCUGGCUGACUACCAUUUCAACCUGAGUGGGGAGCAGAUCCCAACCAUCCAAGAGCAGCCUGUCAAGAGCCUUGGUCGGUGGUACACUGAGGACCUCAAAGACACUAAGCGAGUUCAAGAGACAGCAAAGCUCAUACGAGAGGGGUUAGAGGCAAUAGACAACAGUGGUCUGCCUGGAAAACUGAAGCUUUGGUGUCUACAGUAUGGGCUUAUGCCAAGGAUCAUGUGGCCUUUAACAGUGUAUGAGGUAGCUUUAAGCCACGUGGAAGCCAUGGAACGCAACAUCAAUACGUAUGUAAAGAAAUGGCUGGGAGUGCCGAACAGCCUCACAAACAUUGCAAUUCACAGUAGGAAGGCAAAGCUGAAUAUCCCAGUGCGAUCACUUGUGGAAGAGUUUAAGGUGGCCAAAGUGAGAACCUCCAUGACCUUAAGUAACUCCAAAGACCCAGUGAUUAGAAACUUUCAGCCUGAUUUAAGGUCUGGAAGAAAGUGGAGAGUAAGUGCUGCGGUAGAAGAAGCUGAGGCGAGGCUUAGGCACAAGGAAGUAGUUGGUGCGACCCAGACUGGCCGUCAAGGACUUGGGCUGAUUCGUCACAAGUGGUGGUCAUCGGCAACGGAGAAGGAGCGAAGAGAGAUGGUUGUGCAGGAAGUAAGAGAACAGGAAGAAGAGAAGAGGGUUGCUGUAGCAGCCGGACAGGCUAAGCAGGGAAUGUGGACAACCUGGGAGAGUGUUGAGCAAAGGAACAUUUCAUUUAAUGUCCUGUGGCAGAUGGAACCUCUCCGCAUCUCGUUCCUGUGGCGCUCCACGUACGAUCUUCUACCGACACCAGCGAAUCUGAGUAAAUGGUAUGAGGAGCGGUCAGACUGUUGUGCAGCAUGUGGGCAGAAGGGCACCUUGCAACAUAUCCUCAGCGCAUGUCCAUCCGCACUCUCUAGUGGGAAAUAUACGUGGAGGCACAACAAUGUACUGAGAGUGAUAGUGGACGCUAUCAAGGGGAGAGUUGAAUGUGUCAACGCCGAGGAGGUACCCGCCGGUAAUCAGUACUUCACCCCAUUUCUGAAGGAAGGUUCCCAGCCGAGGAAAGACACCAGCUCCAAGCGUAAACCUAGCAUCCUUUCAGCUGCAAACGACUGGAAAUUCAUGUACACAAUGUUUGCAGAACCGAUUGAGGUCUGCAAUCAACAUCCGUACCUGGGAAUCUUAAUAUCACAGGACCUCAAGUGGACAGCUCACAUCAACAACACCACGGCCAAGGCCAACACCACACUAGGUUUUCUCAGGAGAAACAUACGGGGGCUUCAGUCGAGCACCACCACCCCACCGGCCGCACCUAGCCGUGCACCCAGCACCCUGGUCGUGAUGCCCCAGUGA